GGUGUCAAAUUAAUAAUAAAUAUAUUUUUUUUAUCGUAUAAAAUAUAAAGAAUAUGAAUUUUAUAUGCCUUGUUCAAUUAUCAAUCCUUUUGUUAUCACUAUUUUGCCUUACCAUGAAUUAUAACGCUUUCCGGUUUGCCAAUAUUGGUAUAUCUUUCAACCACACGGUUUUCGCUUAUAAUAUUAACUCAUUAACACGGAUUUUAGCGGCUCCAUUCACGACCGGAUUUACGGUUUCAAAUAGUUACGAUAACGAGACUUUAAUAAUACCCCAAUGCGUUUUGACUAAAGAUACAAAAGAUACUUCUUUUAUAACACGAGACCCAAAUGACGCAUUAUUAACGUUCAUAACAAUUGGCGACACUGGAGGGGAAGAUUUUCAUCCUUACACAUCUCAUAUAGGUAGGAAUACCGCUAAAACCUUGGGACUAUUUGCCAAUCAGAACCACCCGGCUUUUGUUUUUCUAUUAGGCGAUAACUUUUAUCCCAAAGGCGUAAUAAAUGAUACAGAUUCUAGGUUCAAUACUUCGUUCGAAAAUUUGUAUAAUUAUCCGGGCUUAGACAUACCCUGGUAUGCGAUAGCGGGCGCGCACGACCAUUAUGGUAAUAUUACAGCGCAAAUGUCUUACAGAUCUUCUAAAUGGAACUUUCCUUACCUAUAUUAUUCAAACAUUUACAAUAUAUCGGGGAAAUGUCCAACCCAAGGAGCAGAUAAUGCUAAUGUAAUUAUGCAAAUGGUGAUGAUUGAUACCCAAGUUUUAUGCCCAACCGCGAAACAUGUCAAAAAAAGUUUCGAGAAAUUGAAAUACAUUAAUUCCAAUAAUAAAAUCCUUCACUGGAAAUGGCUGGAAAACACCCUAUCUAAAUCAAAAGCAGAUUUAUUGAUAGUUGUUGGACAUCAACCCAUAUACUCCAUUGCGAAACAUGGUCCCAUUCCCUGUUUGGUCAAAAAUCUUAGACAGCUGUUUUACAAAUAUAACGUAUCAUUAUACCUUAGCGGCCAUAAUCAUGUCAUGGAACAUUUAAUCGACAGAGAAGAAUCCUCCGGCAAAACAAUGAACUAUGGGGUUUUCGGAUCCGGGUCCAAAUUAAACGUUAAUCGCAAAACAAACAGAACCUCUAGCCCAUUGUGCCUCAGUAAAUUUUACGAUGAAUCCAAAGGUGGCUUUGGCAUAUUGGAUGUUCACUGCAACAAAUCACUAACAGUCUAUUACGAAAAUGAAGAGGGGUACCUAGUACAUCACUUUAUACUCAGUCCAAGGAUUGUUUUUUAAAAUAAAUAUUAUUAUCAUUCAUUAUAAUAAAAAAUUGUCUAACUAAUUGUAUUUAUAAAUGUGUCUAGAUGUAGUAGUUUGUUUUAUAUAAGUUAAGUAAUAUUCUUUCUAUUUUGCCAAGUAUAUUUGACAUGAAUUAUUUUUUAGGUGUAAUAAUAAUGUAAACCUCAUCUGGUUAGUUAAAAACGGCAAAUAACGUAACACUGAUCCGGUUGGUUUAAUAGCAUAAUUGCUAAAUUCUAAAACCAGGAUUUCACAAGCUGUACAAAAUCAAAAAAUUUUGAACUUUUGCAAAUC